AUGCCUUCAUACGACCCAUGGCGGCUCACUAAUUCCAACGAGCUGACCGAACGAAGAGAUGAUAUCUCAGGCUUGGAUACCGGGCAGACAAAGUACCCUCAAUCGACCUUCGCUUACGCCAGUACCGACGCAAUAACAUAUGAGGGGGGUUAUGCACACAUUCCUCUUGCUACCUCUCGAUCGCGUCACUACCUAUCACAGAGCAAUCCAUCGCAAUCUCACACGUCAAGCUGGAGCAAAACCAUCACCGCUUUAAAUAUCAUAUGGCCAGUUCUCGUACUUCUGCUCUAUAUCUUCAUAGUAUUUCACUACCUGCUUAGAGACGAGCUCAAUGGAAUAGUUGCCGAGCACAAGAUCGAUGCAAAGAUCGUCUUCUAUGCGUGGCUCAUCCUGAGCAUUUUCAUCCUCGAAUGGCUUAAAGCCUCUUUGGCCUGGUUCGAGGCCGCCAUCCUCUUGAACUAUCCCUCAUGGGCACCGUCAAAUGAGGGACAGCACCUGUGGCAUCUUGAUCGUGCUUGGGCUAACUUUAGUGGCUGGUGCCGCGUUUUCUCGCCGAUUUAUAGUUGCCUGAUUCGCAGAGGAACUGCAUCCACGCAAGUCCCCGCGCCUUUAUGGUGGUAUCUAGCAGGAACAUACAUUCUGUUCUCCGUCACUGUUCCUCUGUCCGGUCUCUCUAUAGAUCAGAGAGUUGGCCUUCAGCUUAGUCACCGACCAGUGACAAUCCUCGGAGUCAAUGAAACUACCUUCGACGUACGCACAAACGCUGCUGUCUCUGGACUAGCGAGCAACAACUGGCGGAGUGGUCAAGUGACAACGCCGAAUUCACCAGCUAUCUUUUACGCCCCCGAAGGCACAAGAAACGCUAGCAGCACCUUCUUCGAAGACUUCGCUCAGAACAUAUAUCAGCAAGACCUUGCGGGCGUGGAGACUCCCGUCGAAAACCGUACUGUCAAAGUCUUUUCUGGCCCACCGGUUGCAGAACGUAGCUAUGGACGAGCCUGGGGUUUUCUGACUAGUAUCUCCUGUCAGGCCGCAAACUUAAAGAAUGGCACGAAAAUGCUUAAUGCCACGGGCCCGAAUAAUUGGACGACCAUUUGGGGUAAUUCCGAUUUCUUCGACCCCAGAUUCGCUGGCCUCACUCCUCUAUUCGCAUCCUCGGACUCAAGCUUUGGUAUAGAUGCUACGUACCUGGUUGUUAGCGAUCGAGACAUAUCAGCGGUCGGUAAUGGAGACUAUGUGAACUCCACUGUUUCAAACAUAACGACGCAACCCAUUCAAGGCGCUUUAGAAAUCGCUAUCUGGCAAUCCAUACCUGAUGGUUUUAAGCCGGACGAGGGUUUCAGAAAUAUGACUUCGAAUCCCCUGGUCACCCAGUUGAACGACAGCUCAGUCUUGGGAUAUGGAGUCCGCUGCAUAGUAGAAUCUGACGUGGGGUAUGCCACCCUCGACGCGGCUACCAGGACCUACUCAGACUUCGUCAAGCGAGCCGCUGAUUCUGGAACAAAGGAUUUGACCACGAUAGGCACCAACAUACCUCUUUUCCAGCAAGCUGGUAUUUUCGCCAUCCAAUCAAUCGUCUUUGAAGUUCUCUCUACCUUAUCUCUUGGGGUUUUGGGAGCGCCGUCUUGUGGUGCGGGUAGUGACACAACUUGCAGCGCUUUUUACGGUGCAAAUCUAGCCACCGGCGGCGUGCCACGCAUCAGCCAAGUGGGAGAUUCCCAGUUUGCGAGAGCCCUGCAGAUCCCAAGUAUUACCCCUGAGCGAAUGACACUUGCCAUGUACAAACUGUUUGGAGAGGCUGCAUCUGCUAUGAUGGCCAUUGGACCUGGGAACUGGACAAGUAGUGAUCUAAAGGGGCUGGACCCCGCUAACAAUUUGAUUUCGGGCGUAAUCCCGUGGCAGCUUGUUCUAGUCCUGUUGGCCUUAUGGACUACGCUCAGCACCCUGCCGCAGAUCUUGACAUUUAGUCAAACGAGGUGGUCGCAAACUCUCGAGGCUUAUGCCAUUAAGAGAUUUGGCGUUAAUUGGAGAGACGCAUUAUGACGAGGUUGAGGAAGCAUAUUUUCUACUAUUAUACUGAGCUUGUCUUAUUGCUGCUAUCGAUGCUAGCCUCACAAAUAAGAUACGGAUGGCCAUCUGACGGCUUGAACGGCUGCGUAUGGAUUUGACAGCUAGCCGAGCUGUUUUAACAUUGAGAGUACAUAAUUAUUAGCAGGGCCGCCCAAUAUAUAU